UGAUUCAGUACCAUAAUAAAAACAGAGAAAGAGGAUCAAACUCUAUAUAUAAAUUUAUUUAAUUUUAUAAAAGAAUAAUAAUUUAAUUGAUUGAUUACAUUCCCAAACCAAACAAACAGAUCAUAGUUUUGUUUAGCAUAUACCUUUUCAUGCAAUGCUUUUUUCCUCUUGCUUGAACUUCCCAACUAUCUAAAUUCCUCUUUUCUCAAGUUUUCUCAUAUUCUCACCCUUCUUCUUCUUCUUCUACUUCUUCUUCUCCUCUUCUCUUAUCUCUUUCUCUCUCUAACACCCAAGAAAGCUAUGAUUCCUUAAGAUUUUAUUAUAUUUAACAAUUGGGUUUAUGAAAUUAAAAAUAAUAAAUUAAAAAAAUUACUCAUUGAAAUAACACCCUCCCUCCUCAUUGGUUCUUCUCUUAUUUAGUAUAUUGUAUUAGCUUCUCCAUCAUCUAUCUAUCUAUCUAAGCUCUAAACUCUAAACUCUCUCUCCCCACCAAGAAAAUCAAGAAAGGAACUUCAAAAAUUUUAGCACUAAUUUAUUGAAGAAAAACAGUUUCGAGAUAUGGGUGGUGGCAAUGGCAAUGGCGGUGUCGUUUUUCCUUUAGUUUUCUUCUCGUUCUUCUUCUUCUUCUUCACUUCAGGUCUAAGUUUGGCAGAGAAACCUCACUUGAAAGCAAUCCAGAGAAAUGAAAUUAAAGAGAAUCAAGAAAACGAGAUACCUUUCUCAACUUCGGGGUUUUCUGAAGAGUUGGAUUCGAUUCCUGUUGUCAACCCGACUCCAACUCUAACUCCUACUGCACCGUCGUUUAACCAGCCUUCCCAAACACCACCGCAACUGACACCGCCAACAAUGACACAGCCAACCCCAACAACAACGACCCCUACAACAACGACCCCCACAGCGCCAACCACAACAACACCGACAACUCCAUCAUCAUCGGGUGGAGGAAGCUGGUGUGUUGCGAGUCAAUCAGCUUCAGAGACUGCUAUACAGGUAGCUCUUGAUUAUGCUUGUGGCUAUGGAGGUGCAGACUGUUCAGCAAUUCAACCAAGUGGAAGCUGUUAUAACCCGAACACUCUUCGUGAUCAUGCUUCUUAUGCCUUCAACGAUUACUACUCGAAGAAUCCAGCUCCUACUAGCUGUGUCUUCGGUGGAGCAGCUCAACUUACCAACACUGAUCCAAGUAGCGGAAACUGUCACUAUGCAUCAGCUAAAUCAUCAUCCAGCAUGCCUCCACCAUCCCCAAUGAAUCCGAGCCCAAUGAUUCCGAGCCCGAUGAAUCCAAGCCCAAUGGUUCCAACUACCCCGAGCAUGGACACACCUGCCAUGGAUACACCACCAGGAUCAUCUAUCUUCGGUACAGAGCCAACAGCAUCUCCCAACUCAGCCAUCUCUGUCUCGUACUCCAGAACAUUGUUAUUCAUCACCACUGGUCUCUUUGGCGCGACCAUUGCAGCAACCUAUCAUUAAACAGAAUAAAACCAUGUCCCAACAAAUUCUCUGCAAGGGAGGAGGCGGUUAUUACACUUGCCGCCACCAAAACCAGAAGAAAUUCGAGGAGGCAAAGAGAAUCUUGAGCUAUAAUAUUCUCUCAAGGCCUCUCAAUCUUAGCAUUUGAGUUAUUUUUAUACUUCAAUAUAUGUAUACCUAUUAUUAGUAGACUAAAGAAGCAAUAGGGAGAAAACAGAAGAGGAAAGAAAUUUAGGUUCUUGUACUUGUAGGCACAUCCUUGUUCUCUCUAUAGCAAUAGAACAAAUAAAUUUAUUAUACAAACUCAUACUAAACA